AAAAAAAGGUUUAAAUUUUUACAAAUGACUUUUUCAAAGACUCGAUAAAAGUCCUAGAUUCAAAAUCUUGGAAGUAAAAACAAAAAGCGCCACACACUCAGAAACCUCCGACCCAUUCAAAUCUCCUUCACCCGGAAAAGUGUAUAGAUGGAAACACAGACAAGUUUUAGAGAGAGAAAAUCUAGCGGUUGUUAGUGACAAAAUCUAGAGAGAGAGAAAUGUGAUCUAGAGAGAGAGAGAGAGAGAGAGCUGAACAGAGAAGACAAGAUGGGAUACAGAGAAGUUGCAGAGAAAGACCAUCACGCUCGAACGAUGUCGUUGGGGGCAGAGAAACCAAACACAAAGACCAGCCCUUUACCACCAUCGAAGAAGAGGACGUCGAGCUGGUCAGACAUCUGGCUUAAGAACACUACGCCCCUCAAGAACGUCAUCUUCGCUAUGCAACUUGCUUCGCCCAAAGACUCCAAAUUCAAACCCACCCACAAAACCCUAAUCCCCAAUUGGGCAAACAUUGACCGUACCUCCCUAUUAUCCGACGAAAUCCUCCUCAAAAUCCUCGCCAAGCUGCCCGAGUCGCAGCGCAAGCCUAACUCGCUCGUCUGCAAGCGCUGGCUCAACCUCCAAGGCCGCCUUGUACGGUCGCUCAAGGUCUUGGACUGGAGCUUUCUCCAAUCGGGUCGGUUGAUCUCGAGGUUCCCCAACCUGAAUCAGGUUGAUAUGCUAUAUGGGUCGUCUAUUUCGGACCAAAAUUCGGGCAUUUUGUUGAGUUAUAGAAUGUUUUCGUUCCAUACCGGUUCCGAGUUCUCGCCGAAGCAGAGAGUUUCCGAGUCAAAUUUCAAAUUGCUUCCACCUGAGGUUGUUGACAGAGGGCUUGAUGCGUUGGCGAGUGGGUGCCCCAACUUGCGGAAGCUUGUGGUGAUUGGUGCGAGUGAAAUGGGGUUGCUGAGUGUAGCAGAGGAGUGCCCCACACUCCAAGAAUUGGAAUUGCACAAGUGCAGUGACAAUGUGCUGCGUGGGAUUGCGGCAUGUGAGAAUUUGCAAGUGUUGAAAUUGGUUGCAAAUGUAGAGGGACUUUAUAGUUCAGUGGUUUCGGAUAUUGGGCUUACGAUUUUAGCACAAGGGUGCACGAGAUUGGUAAAGCUUGAGCUUUGUGGAUGUGAGGGAAGCUUUGAUGGGAUUAAAGCAAUUGGGCAGUGUUGCCAAAUGUUGGAGGAAUUGACUUUCUGUGAUCAUAGGAUGGAUGGUGGGUGGUUGGCUGCACUUUCAUAUUGUGAAAAUUUGAAGACUUUGAGGUUUCAGUCGUGUAAGAGGAUUGAAACUAUUCCGGGGCCCGAAGAGUAUUUGGGUGCUUGCCCUGCUCUGGAGCGGUUGCAUUUGCAGAAGUGUCAAUUGAGGGAUAAGAAGAGUGUGAGAGCUUUGUUUAUGGUGUGUGGAGCGGCCAGGGAGAUUGUUUUUCAGGACUGUUGGGGAUUGGACAAUGAUAUGUUCAGGCUAGCAAGUACUUGCAGGAGGGUGAAGUUCCUAUCUCUAGAAGGAUGUUCAGUGUUAACAACAGAGGGUCUUGAGUCAGUAAUUCUUCCCUGGAAGGAGCUUGAAUGCCUUAGAGUAGUGUCGUGCAAGAAUAUAAAAGACAAGGAGAUAUCUCCUGCCCUCUCAACCUUAUUUUCUACUCUCAAAGAGUUGCAAUGGAGACCAGAUACGAAAUCUCUUCUUCCAUCAAGCGUUUUCGGAACCAGCAUAGGAAAGAAAGGCAGUAGAUUCUUUCGGAAGACUCGAGAUUUGAAGAUGCUAUUUGAUGAUCAGAAUCUGCUCCUUGAUUUUAUACACAGAUGAUUCAGAUUGAAGCUGCUUUUACUCUUGCUGUGAAGAUUGUAUCAGUAUACUAUAGUUACUGUACUCAUUCUGUUGUCCCUUUUGGAUGCUUAACACAGAAGUUGACAGAGGAAGAAGGUUGUUGUUAGUUUUAUUCUUCCACAGUCAGGCAACAGCCAAGGAUGUAUAAUCAUAAGGGUUAUAUUUGCCCGACCCACUUCUCCCUUAGUGCAUGUUGGGCAACCCUUUUUCGCCGUAAUAUCUUAAUUUUAUGGUACAGAUGGUUUAAUUCGGCAUUC